AUGAUUCCCCGAAGAUCGUGGGCCCGUGAUUCGGCAACCUUUUUAUCUUUCUCCACUGAUAAGGCAAAUCGUGCGAAGGGAAGUGAUAAAUUUGAGCUAACCGUAUUAAGGGAGCAAUGCACCAAAUUGGAUGUGGAAGAAUACUAUUUGGCCUAUAUGAAUCGGGUGCAUAUAAGUCAGCUAUACUCGUUCAUCUCAAUGCUGGUAUUCAUCAUUUGCGUCCACUCAUUAUUGCUCUUUACAACAGUUUAUUCAUCGGAAAGAAAAUCUGUUUAUGGAGUUUCAGCAAUAUACCUCGGAUCUGCUGCGGUGGUAAUCCUGAUUUUGUCUUUGAACUUUAGUGCGCAUUUAAAUGAAAGAUUACCUUGGCUAAAAUAUGUAACAACAACUUCGGCUAUUAUCAUACUCGUAGCUAUGGAUCUGUCAAUUCCAAUUGUUAAUGCUUGGCUGUACAAUAUCACUAAGCCAAUGUACUACAGCUUUAUCAUCAUUUCCAUAUAUAUUUUCAUGCCAUUCACCGCUAAUAUUUACCCCGUCAUAAUGGGUGUGGUGGUGUCAAUAGGCUAUAUAAUAGUUUUUCACCUGCUAGUACAUCGCUGGAAAAGUAAUGAACCUACAAAUUUCAGUGCUUCAAAUGCCAUUUCUGAAGGCACUUUCAUACUGAGUUUAAAUGUAUUGGGUUUGUUUGUGCGCCUAACACGCGAAACCGUUACUCGUAUGACCUUUGUGGACAAACGCCAUUUAAUAGAGGAGAACAUUUUGUUCCACGCUGCGAAGGACCAGGAGAGAGCCUUACUGUUGACUAUCAUUCCAAAACAAAUCGCCGCUCAAAUGGAAGAGGACGUAAAAAUGCGCAUUGAGCUAAUGAAGAAACCAAAACCCAUGAGUAGAUCGAUGAGUUUGGGCGUAGAAGUGAGGAAACUUUUCAUUGAACCACAUGAUGACGUCACAAUUCUUUAUGCGGAUAUCGUCAACUACACUCGUCUAACAACUACUCUGGAUGUGAGCACUCUUGUGGGAACCUUACACGAUCUCUUUGUGAGGUUCGAUAACGCCGCACAGGAGUUGAAAGUGUUGCGUAUACAGUUCUUAGGUGAUUGCUAUUACUGUGUGGGGAAUGUUUCAAUUCCCAAUGAGGAGCAUGCCGUAGCCUGUGUGAAACUCGGUUUGCGAAUGAUCAAGGGGAUACGCGAAGUGAGAGACAUUAGAGAUGUCUUAAUUGAUAUGCGCAUCGGCGUGCAUACGGGUAGCGUUCUAUCCGGCGUUAUUGGUGAGAACAAAUGGCAAUUCGAUAUUUACUCCAAAGACGUUGUUAUCGCGAAUAAGUUAGAAAGCACUGGCGUACCGGGACGGGUCCAUAUUAGCAAAGAAACUCUCCAUCGACUGCACGACAGAUUCAAGUACGAGGAAGGCACCCAAAGGGCUCGCGAUGAUCCAUUGCUGCGAAAGCAUCAUAUAACUACCUUUCUAAUUACUCCCCCUCCGGAACUUGUUGAAGCUCAGAUGUCACAAACAUCAUUCUAUUCCGUAUAUCAUGGCGAUUUUGACGAUGUUGCCGAGGGGCAGGUUUUCGAACAAAUGGAUUCCUUGGAAAGAAUGAAAGUAAUGCUGGACAGUGAGAUGAACCGAGAGUAUAUCAAUUUUCCAAUAUCUGGUAUAAUUAGGCGUUAUAAAAUGCUUUCCUUUAAUAAGAAGAGACGCCUAUCACCAGUUGAGAUAAAAGAAAGAACUCUUUAUUCGAACAUUUCGUGGUUAUUCAUGUGGUAUAAAAACUGGCAUUGGGAGCUCAGCUACCUGCAACAAUUCGACAUUUUGUAUAAAUACAGCAUCGCUGUGGCCUAUAUAAUUAUCCUUUGUACGAUUAUAAUGCAAGCGAUCAGUGAGCCACAAGAGACGAUAUUUUGGAUGUUGGCAUUGUUCGGAAAUAUAUUUGUAUUGCUCGUUUUGGGUUUGGUCUGGUACAAGAAAAUGUGGGAAAGGCUCUUCAGUACAGUAUUUGAACCAAAACCACAAGCAAAAGUCAGCCUUUGGAUGUAUAUAACUUCAGACAAAGUUCAACGAGACUACUGGUUUCGUACUGGAGUAUAUUUUGCCAUACUUUUACUGCAGUUAUCUCUAACUCUGGCGCAAUUGUUAGAUUGCGAUCGGUUUCAGAUUGAAAAUGAGAUUGUCGAGAUGGAAGUGUAUGACGAUAACGUGAACGAAAAUAUAUGCUUCAGUCCCUGGGCCGUCACAGAAUGUAUAGUGCAAAAUCUGGGUCUAAUCUUUUUAUUCACGCACGUUCCUUAUUUCAUUAAGUAUAUUGUUGCACUUCUUGUGCUAACAUUUUACAUAAUUAUUUCGUUUGUGAUGUACGAGUUUAUUUUCGAGCGUAGCCUAAGCUCCAAUCAAUAUAUCUUACCCGAAUAUGCGCAGCUAUUUUUGUUGCUGAUACAUCUUUUGUCAUUCCAUAUAGUAAAUCGAGAGGCUGAGUUUAUUUCUCGCAUGGACUACAAUUCGAAAUAUGAGUUGCGCAGGAAGAGAGACAAUGCAAAAGUUACAAACAAAACCAUUUCCAUAUUAAUCGGCAAUAUUUUGCCUGCCCACAUAGCCGACAUGUACAUGAAGGAUCAGUUGUCAACUGAACUGUACUAUGAGCAAUACGAAAAUGUGGCUGUUAUGUUUGCAACGAUACUGAAUUAUGAUACGGAACAGAUUGGCAUGCGUGUCUUGAAUGAAAUCAUCUGUGAUUUCGACCGGGUGCUAAACACAUAUACGGGCAUCAAUAAGAUUGAAAAAAUUAAAGUGGCUGGUUGGACGUAUAUGGCCGCGUGUGGCUUAAGUGCAAGUAACCCCGACGCAAGCAUCUCCGUUGGAUCUGAGAACGAAUACAAUCCUUUGGGAAGUUAUCUCGAUGAUCGGUUGAUGCAAAGUAUCGCUCUUGGAAAUAUGGACAGUGAUAAGUUCAGUCCCGGCAAUGUUGCUGUAUAUAUCAUGGCGUGCUUCGCUUUGGAUCUUAUUUGUGCAUUACAAGCUUUUAAUAUGGAGAAUCCAGAACAAAAUGAAGAAAAGGGUCACGCCGUAAGCGCUUUACGAAUUGGCAUAUCGAACGGUCCAGUCAUGGCUGGUGUUGUAGGUUCGUAUAAACCAUUUUACGAUAUCUGGGGAAACGCCGUAAAUAUGGCUUCACGAAUGGACUCCACGGGACUACCUGAUUCUAUCCAAGUCACUGAGGAAACAGCAAAAAUAUUGGAAACCUUCAAUAUUAAAUGCAACUUUAGAGGUGAGACGUUUGUGAAAGGCCGUGGCCUGAUACCCACAUAUCUGUUAGAAAUCGAUGAGAAUUUUAGUUUCAACCAGCGUUCUAGAGAUCCAUCUGAUCAGAUGAUGGGAGUUGAGACAAAUGAAAUUGAGUAG